CAGAAACUCCUUCCAUCAAUGAAUACCCUUUCUUCGAAACGCUUGUUUGCGCAGCUAUCUUUUGCCAAGGGAGCACUCCAACAGAACCAUAUUCGAUUGUUGCUGACAAUCAACAACGAAGCUAACGUGCGACGGUCGACUAAAUCGCUGGUACUAGGCAAGACCAAGGUCAUGGGUUAUGAGGAGCGUAAGGUGGCACGAGAGAAGCGCGUCGAGAAAGAUGCUGCGCAGAAGGUUAAAGGCAAAGGGAAACGAGGUCAGAACCGCACGAGUGCUGUGCUAGAGGCGGAUGCAGCAGAGCCAAGCUUCGCGACUGGAGUCGUUGGCAGGUCAAAGAGGAUCUUCAGUAAGACACUGUAUGGAAAGAAGCAGUACAGCCAGCCACUCCAUGGUGGCAAUCGCGACUCUUCCGCCACAGGCAACAUCUACGCGGUAGCCGGCCGACCUGUACAACAGAGCUAG